AGGCCGGACAAGCGUCCCGAAAGCCCCAGGAGAGACUAAGAGGCAAUCCUCCCACGCGCUUUCUCCCACCCUCGGGCCACUGAGACGGAGGGACAGAGAGCCGCCCACGAGCGGCCGAGGCCCCGCCUCUCGCUCGCCCGCCCGCGCCUCCAGCGGAAGCCGGAAGCAAAAGCGGGUCCUGCUAGCCCCGCGGCUCCGAACUCGGUGGUCCUGGAAGCUCCGCGGGAUGGGGGAGAAGAUGGCGGAAGAGGAGAGGUUCCCCAAUACAACUCACGAGGGUUUCAAUGUUACCCUCCACACCACCCUGGUUGUCACGACGAAACUGGUGCUCCCGACCCCUGGCAAGCCCAUCCUCCCCGUGCAGACAGGGGAGCAGGCCCAGCAAGAGGAGCAGUCCAGCGGCAUGACCAUUUUCUUCAGCCUCCUUGUCCUAGCUAUCUGCAUCAUAUUGGUGCAUUUACUGAUCCGAUACAGAUUACAUUUCUUGCCAGAGAGUGUUGCUGUUGUUUCUUUAGGUAUUCUCAUGGGAGCAGUUAUAAAAAUUAUAGAGUUUAAAAAACUGGCGAAUUGGAAGGAAGAAGAAAUGUUUCGUCCAAACAUGUUUUUCCUCCUCCUGCUUCCCCCUAUUAUCUUUGAGUCUGGAUAUUCAUUACACAAGGGUAACUUCUUUCAAAAUAUUGGUUCCAUCACCCUGUUUGCUGUUUUUGGGACGGCAAUCUCCGCUUUUGUAGUAGGUGGAGGAAUUUAUUUUCUGGGUCAGGGUUUUUUUUUUGUGUGUGUCUGUGUGUUUGUGUGUUUUAUUUUACAGGCUGAUGUAAUCUCUAAACUCAACAUGACAGACAGUUUUGCAUUUGGCUCCCUAAUAUCUGCUGUCGAUCCAGUGGCCACUAUUGCUAUUUUCAAUGCACUUCAUGUGGACCCCGUGCUCAACAUGCUGGUCUUUGGAGAAAGUAUUCUCAACGAUGCAGUCUCCAUUGUUCUGACCAACACAGCUGAAGGUUUAACAAGAAAAAAUAUGUCAGAUGUCAGUGGGUGGCAAACAUUUUUACAAGCCCUUGACUACUUCCUCAAAAUGUUCUUUGGCUCUGCAGCACUCGGCACUCUCACUGGCUUAAUUUCUGCCUUAGUGCUGAAGCAUAUUGACUUGAGGAAAACACCUUCCUUGGAGUUUGGCAUGAUGAUCAUUUUUGCUUAUCUGCCUUAUGGGCUUGCAGAAGGAAUCUCACUCUCAGGCAUCAUGGCCAUCCUGUUCUCAGGCAUCGUGAUGUCCCACUAUACGCACCAUAACCUCUCCCCAGUCACCCAGAUCCUCAUGCAGCAGACCCUCCGCACCGUGGCCUUCUUGUGUGAAACAUGUGUGUUUGCAUUUCUUGGCCUGUCCAUUUUUAGUUUUCCUCACAAGUUUGAAAUUUCCUUUGUCAUCUGGUGCAUAGUGCUUGUACUAUUUGGCAGAGCGGUAAACAUUUUCCCUCUUUCCUACCUCCUGAAUUUCUUCCGGGAUCAUAAAAUCACACCGAAGAUGAUGUUCAUUAUGUGGUUUAGUGGCCUGCGGGGAGCCAUCCCCUACGCCCUGAGCCUGCACCUGGACCUGGAGCCCAUGGAGAAGCGGCAGCUUAUCGGCACCACCACCAUCGUCAUCGUGCUCUUCACCAUCCUGCUGCUGGGCGGCAGCACCAUGCCCCUCAUUCGCCUCAUGGACAUUGAAGAUGCCAAGGCGCGCCGCAGGAACAAGAAGGACGUCAACCUCAGCAAGACGGAGAAGAUGGGCAACACUGUGGAGUCGGAGCACCUGUCGGAGCUCACGGAGGAGGAGUACGAGGCCCACUACAUCAGGCGGCAGGACCUUAAAGGCUUCAUGUGGCUGGACGCCAAGUACCUGAACCCCUUCUUCACUCGGAGGCUGACACAGGAGGACCUGCACCACGGGCGCAUCCAGAUGAAAACUCUCACCAACAAGUGGUACGAGGAGGUACGCCAGGGUCCCUCUGGCUCCGAGGACGACGAGCAGGAGCUGCUCUGACGCCAGGUGCCAAGGCUUCAGGCAGGCAGGCCCAGGAUGGGCGUUUGCUGCCCACAGACACCCAGCAGGGGCCUCGCAGAGGUGUGUGCAUCCAGCAGCCCCUUCAAGACAUAAGAGGGUGGGGCGAGGUACUGGCUGCAGUCACCUGAGUCCAGAACUUGCCAGGCCUCUGGAGCCAGGCGACUUCUUGGGAAACUGUCAUCUCCCCACUCCUCCCUGAGCCAGCCUCCGCUCAGUGUGACUCCUCAGCCUACAGAGGGGAGGGAGCAUGGGGCCAGGUGCCAGUCAUCUGUGAAGCUGGGGUGUCUACCCCGCCCCCACCCGGAGGAGCUCUGCCGCCCCCUGCCUAGAGGAACACCAUCUACAGUUGUGCCAUUCCCCAGCCACUGCCUUCAUGCUGCCCCCGCCAGACUGGCAGAGCCAGGGGUCAGCCGCCUGCCUUUGAGUCAUCAAGAUGCCUCCGCACCACAAUUCUGACCUAAGUGGCAGGGCCCAGAAAUCUUGAAAACCUCCCGCUGCCCUUUGUGAUACUUCCUGUGCUCCAUCAGAGAGAAACGGAGUGACCUUUUUUCCUUUACCUGAUUGGCACUUCGCAGCCUGUCUCCCUGGGUAGCAGGUGGCUGCUGCCCUUCUCUGGGCAUGUUCUGAAUGUUUACACUGGUACCUUCUGGUAUCUUCUUUAGAGCCUCCUGCAAGCUGCAUUGCUAGGCUUUUAUCUUGUGAGGUCAGAGCGCCCUCUAGAGGGAAAAGCUAGAGGCACAGGGUUCCUGCCGGCCCACAACGGCUGUCUUGAUUUGCAUUUUACAGCAAAGUGCUGAGAGCCUCUAAUCGCCUCCUGCCAUCUGAUCUCCCCACCAUUCCCGUACUCGGUUCUUUUGUCUAAUCGGAGGCCACUGUGCCGAGGCCCUGCGGUGUCGGCUCACUGCUGCCAUCUUUGCUGCUAAUCAGGGUUCCAUCCUCUUUCCUCUCUCCCAGUUCCCUACCACGUUGGAUCCCAUUCAUCACCCAUGCUAGGGUCCCCAAAGCACUGGGGCAGGGUCCAGAGCAGCAGCACCCAGUGCUCCCACCUCCCACUCUGACCUGGGGCCCCAGCACCCUGGAGCGGACGCUCCACGCACACACACCCCAGCCCUGCCCCAGGGGCCUGGCCCCCUCAGCCAUCUCAGGGCGAGGAGCUGCCAGUCACGUCCAGAUGGAAUGGAGUCACUGACUCCCAUCCUCUCCUCAUCUCCCCUUUGACAAGCCUCAAACUGCUCAGCUCAUCAAAGGGCCAUUGCCAACUUCCGGAUGUGGUUCUGGGUCCCAGGGAGCCUUGGAACCUGGCACCCUGGGGUGGUUUAAUUCAUCAUGUGCAUUCCUGCUUCUCUAGGGACACAGUGGCCUGCAUGGGCCAGCAUGGACCCUGGGCUGAUCAUGUGCAUUCCUGCUUCUCUGGGGACACAGUGGGCCCGCAUGGGCCAGCAUGGACCCUGGGCUGGAGCAAGUGCAUCUCCAUCUCUUCCACCUCAGGCGGUGUGGCUCCAGAUGUCAGGAGGGACUGACCUCAGGACCUUCCAGGUUCCUCUGUGCCAGGAAUGAGAGGCCAGGCCUUAUCCUACCACCUCGCCUUGACCCUGAAGUCAGAGCAGGCCAGCCGGGCAGGAAGCACACUGUUUACUUUUUGCAUGAAAAGUAAAUUUGUACUUGAUAGAGCCAAAAUAUGAUCUUUUUUAAUUCCUCAACCCCAUAAUUUGAGCCAUUGCCUUGCUUAAUUUUGGUCUCCACCAUUUCCUUUUAGUGGAGAAGAGAGGAAGUCAGAGGGUGGGGACCUUUGCCUGCCCCUGGGCGAGUGGGGGCAGGGAUCUGAGACCAGAUUGUUCUCCUGCCCCUGCCAGAACUCACUCUCCUCUGAAGUUUAGGGUCCCAUCUCCCAGAUGUAAGUUGCUUUGCAAACUCCGUUGUUUGCCAGGAUUUCUUUCUUUCCUAAUCUUAAAUUCACAGAUAAAGCAAUGAAAAGAGUGAGAUCCCAUUUCCGUCUGCCCCCUCCUCACCAGGUCUGAUAGCCCCAGCCACAUCACACCUGGCCUCACACUUUCAGCUGAGACUUGAAGACGAUGCUGUGGCGGAAGAGCAUGUGGGGCUUGGUGGAGGGGCCCCAGGAUUUGUUGGGGCACCUUCCCCAGGAGGUACCAGCACCUGCCUCGAUCUCCUGUGAGCCUCUUCUGCCCCGUCGGCCAGGUGAGGUCAGCAGCCUGGGAGAGUGCCCCCAAGAGAUGAGGGCACCCCGUGUUCCUUGGCAAUCUUGGCUCGCCUUGGUAACAAAAGGCCAUAGAAGUCUGUUUUUCUGGGUCAAUUUUUUUGCCUGAGAAUAACAAAUUGCUGCUGUCUACCUUUAGCACACCCAAUAAUUCUAUUUGGGGCAGUGAAUGCAUAGAAGAUAUAAAAAUACGCAGCUUAACUGUA